UUACUAGCGCAUCGCACACUAUGGUCAACAUGUCUUUUUCAUGGCAAGAAAUGAACACAGCAAAACACUGCAAUAUAACAUAACUGGAGGGACCAUGGAGAUCAGCCAUGUAAAAUCGAUUAUUUCACGUAUCUGUUGAACGAUAGAGAAGAAAUUCUUUAUUUUGGGGUAUGAGUAUAAGCAGCAGUGGACAGAAUUUGUUGGUCCAUGAUCAUCAUGUUCAAAUAACCAGUUGAGAAGCUGGCAACGGAUCUUAUCCCUUGAUGGUAGACAAGAGUGGAGUUGGGUGGCCAUGGACGCAUUUAGCCAGCUGAUCCUGCUCAUUGCCGUGGUCAGUUUCUUCACCUUCCAGUGGUUGUUCCACAGUGUGAGCCCCUGGAUGUCAUCUCGGGUCAGCCCUGGCUUCUUGCGGCUUAGUCACAAACAGAAGAUUGAAUGGAACUCCAGGACUGUGUCUACCUUUCAUGCCUUGGUGGUUGGGGUGUUCUGCCUCUACAUCCUAUUCUUUGAUGAGGCUGUCAAUCAAGACCCUGUGUGGGGAGAUCCUACACUUGUGAAGAUAAACGUGAGCAUAACAACAGGCUACCUCAUAUCUGAUCUGCUGCUCAUAUUUUACUAUUGGAGAGCGAUAGGGGACAAGUUUUUUGUAAUUCAUCACUUGGCAGCAUUGUAUGCUUACUACUAUGUACUGGGCCAAGGACUGUUGCCUUAUUUUGCUAACUUCCGUCUGCUUGCAGAGUUUUCCACCCCAUGUGUCAAUCAGCGCUGGUUCUUUGAAGUGUUAGGUUACCCCAAAUCCUCCAAGCCUAACAUCGCCAAUGGGGUGCUCAUGGCGGCUGUUUUCUUCAUGGUUCGGAUAGCUGUAAUGCCCAUCUACUACAGCCGCAUGUAUUCCGUCUACGGCACGGAGGCCUUCUACCAUGUUUCCUUCGGGGGCCGAAGCGCCUGGAUCUUCUCCAGUUUUUGCUUAGACAUCAUGAACAUCAUGUGGAUGCACAAGAUUGCUCGCGGUUGCUACAAGGUGUUGCGCUCCAGUAGACAGCUUAAAGCCGAGACCCAGGAAAAUGGAAAGACUGACUAAGCAUGAAACGUCUUUUUAUUUAUUUAUUUUGUUGUGGGGCAGGAAGGAAGGAAGGAGCAGAAGCUUUGAAGAAGCCUCUUGCUCUGUGCACUAAAUUAUUUUUUUUUUUUCUUGCCUGACUGUGCGUGCUUCAACUCUCAGAAUGGUCACAUGAUGUACUAUGGUCUGACGGUGACAUAUUCAGACUGUUCACCCCAGAUUCGGUUCUCCUUUUGAGAGCUGAAGCGUCGAGAGGGAACUGGACGUUACUUGACCAGAGGAUGGCAAAACACCCCUGAGCAAUACUUUUAGUGCAUGGCCAACACUUUUAUUGCAUUUUAUCAUGAAUUACAAAUAACCUCCACUUACGUAAAAACUCUGAAUGCCCCGUGUUUACUCAUGCUUCUGUCAAUACAGUACACCUGAAGUGCAAAUGUUGAUGCUUAGUUCAAAGACACUUGCUUAAGAACAUGGAUUUUUAUUUUAAUAAAGUUUCUUUUUUUUAAUUAUGUUCAGGUUGACUGAACACCACACAAUGGUUUUUAAUUUAACUUUGAAGGGAGUGCUCAGAUGAAAGCUCUCAAUCAAUUUAACUGUUUUUCUCUGAAAAAAAAAAGUGCCAGGAUCCUGUUAUUCAUUCAUCAGACAAGUAAACCACAGAUCAUCAGUGGACUGUCCAGUUUGUUUUUGCUGAGGUUAAGCCAGGGCAGUGUUGACUGUGUGAGAGGAACCAUUCUCUCAGCUGAGCUACGUCAGGAAUGAUGGUCUGAUUUUAAGCAAGUCCUGAAGAGGACCCCAAAAUGCCAGCAGCCCACAAAGCCUGCUCAGGGUGGUCUGAGUCAGGAAAAGGUUAAGCUGUGAAAUCUGCAUGAAAUCACAAAUUUUAUCUAUGAACAUAAUAUCUCUCCGUCUGGGGCUGGUCUAGCCAUAGAAUUUAUAUUUCAUAUAGCUGACAGGUGAAUUGCACUUUGCUGACAUACGCAGUAGGUCAUGUCAUAUUGUUUGCCUGCUUGGCAACGUGGAUGACAUUGUAAGGGAAAUUACUGAAUGUCCUUUUUUUAGUAACUGCAAAGUUCUUACAUGUGAUACUCUGUGGGUAAUGUUAGCUGGUAUCUGACAGUUUUCUCACUUUGUUUGCUAUAUUUCAACAAAAAGACCAAAACAAUUUAAUUUUCAGUUUCUGGUUUCAAAUCUCUCUUUUUUUCUUGCUAUCUCACACACAUGCGCGCACACAAACACACACGCACACACACACACACAUACACACACACAUCAACUAUUUGACGGUAAAUCUUUUCCCCAGUGCAGUAUCCUCAGUGUGCUCUUUGUACAGUCAAUAAGUGCAUGCUGCAAUGUUGUUCUCCGAAUGUUUGCAUUGUAGAUAGAAAUCUUAUUGGACAUGCAGAAAUAGUUCAAUUAAUUUUCUGUAGUGUGUAUCUGAUGAAUAUUAAACACUUGAAUGACUAUAGUCCUGGGAGGGCGAUUUAAAAGGAUAUGAAAAUGUUCUAGAAAUAUGGAGGUUACCCAGUAGUGAUUGUUCUUAAUGAGCCUACGUAGUGGUCUGAAGGGGUCAUUGGUUUUGGGAACCUUUUGCAUCAUACGUUAUUUAUUUAAACCAGUAAAGCACUGGAGCAGCAUGUCAAUGUUUGUACCUACAUAUUUAUUCUUUUAAAGGAAAUGUAUGAUGUAUGGCUAAAAGGUGUUUGUGAUGUAUCUAUAUAGUAGAUAUAUACAGAUAUACACAGAAAGAAUUAAAACUACAGAAACGACUAUUGCGACCAAUUAUGAAUGCGUUGUCCGUCACUUUAUGAGAAAUAUUUUAGUGUAGAAUCCACAUAAUGUAUGCUCACAUGCAUUCAAUAGCAAUUCACUUAUGUAGAUGUUAGAGUAAUGGAUUCCACCCACAAUAUGUAUUUCAUUGAAUGAAAAGUAUUUAAAGUAGAUGGAGGAUUAUGGGAAUGGUGAUGUGACGUUUUCAUGGAUGGUUUGUGUUAAGCUUUCUCAAACCAUGUUAAAGGUUUAUCUAUUUUUUAAUAAAGAAAUGCUGUACUUGAAUUUUUGCUGUAACUUAUGUGUAAAAUGGGCACAAACAGCAUCUUGUGAUGCAGUGAAACAAGAUAAUCUUAGUCAAUUUUUGCCUUUACUUGUUUAAAUUUGACAUUUUUAUUUGUUCUGAUUGCCUUUGAAAGACAUGUUUUCUUUUUUUUUUUUUCCUUUUUUUUUAGAUAGGCUUUGGCAUUUUGAUAUUGCCUGUAAUGUGCAGUAUUUGUGUUCAAUAAUAUCAGAUAUCUUUUUUUGCAUGGGUUAGGUUUGCAUUUAAAUUUCCCACUUCGGUGUGACUGUCAUUGGUCCGCAGUUGUAAAAGUAAUUUUUCUGCUGUGUUUUCCUUGUAUUCUUAAAUAUGUAAUUCAUUGUUUGGGUUCACCAGCGAAGGCAAGUCUUAACAUAAUUUUGAACUGUGCUUACUAUUAGACAAGUUUUUAUUUUUGGAACAAAGACCCUCAUGUGAUACUAGUUUACCAUAUGUGUCAUGUAAGCCCCACUUCUACAACAAGGUUAUAGCACAACUAACUGCUAAAGGGAGGGUGAAAUGUCACACUACAAAUAACAUGCACCAUUUUAAUUGGACUUUUAGGGAUAUGAGCAAGGUAGACAAGAAAGUCUAGUGUAAUGUUUGCCACGAUGUGAUUUCAAUUUUGAUGUGCAUCAGUAUUUCUGUGUGCUUUAUCUUUGUGUACUAUCAUGUUAGUGGUAUUUCAGACUGACUGUCUUUGACUCUGGCAUUGGAAAAAGCUUAAACUCGUCACAGAUGACAGGCAGGCGCCAAAACUACUGAGUCUGUCAUAACUUAAAGGGUUGCACGACUUUCCAAAUCAAACAUUCGAACUGAACUUUUACCUGGAAUGCUUGGUCUUCAAACGUGACCUUGACAUUUCACACACAUCCUAAUUUCACAUAGAUCCCUAUUCUUAGUCUAUUGGGUAAAUGCCCGAAUGUGUCUUUUUUGCCUUUGUACCAUUAACAUUUUGGUCCCUUCACUCGCUUAAUAAAAGAGAUAUCUAGUUAUGAUCAAAAUCUAUUUGAAAGUUACAGCUGAAAAAUUGUAUCUGAUAGGUUCCUCAACCAUCUGUGCUCAUGUUAAUUUACAUAUGGUUUCAUAUUGUUGACAUUCACUGUGUUAUAAUCUGUAUGCGUCACUUUUUAAUGACAUGGGAAAAUUAUUAAUUUGUGAAGGUUUACACUUGUCAGCCAAAGUUUAAGAGGGGUUUUGAUGCCCAAAUGCUCAUGGAUAAGGAAAGUUUAUCUUAUGUGUGAAGAGGCACUUUAUUUAUGAGCAUCAGUUCUAUUUAUUCUUUGGACCUCUUUCAUGUAUCUGUCCUAAGUUCACACUGACAUUGCAAAGCCAUUUGCCUCAAUAAAGCAAUACAUUCAUUGUAAAUGA